AUGCCUAAUAAUCAAAUUUCAACUGAAGAUUUCCAGAAAUGGUUACCACCAGGAGAAAAUAGUUUCAAAGCUAAUUGGGAUGCAGCUUGUGAUAUCAAGCAUAGGCAAAUGGGGAUAGAAGUCAUCAUCAGAGAUGAAAAAGGGGAAGUCAUAGCAGCUUACUGUGGAGCAAGAGGUAAUGUGGAUCAACCAGUAAUAGCAGAGGGACUUGCACUCAUAAAAGCCAUGGAACUAUGCAAUGACUUGGGACUCAAUAAAGUGACAUUUGAAGGGGAUUCUCAUAACAUUGUUAAACAUGUAUAUAACCUAGAUGAAGAUCUAUCUUGCUAUGGAAACAUCAUUGAAGACUCAAAGUCAAUUUUUUUCACUUGGUCCAAUUGGACAAUUCAGUAUACACACAGAAACGCAAACACAGUAGCACACAAUUUGGCCAAGGCAGCUAUACAAUCAAAUGUAGAGAAAGUAUGGAUAGAAGAGGCACCAACUUUUAUUUCUUCCUAUUUACAGAAAGAUAAUAAAGGCUUUAUAGACACUGUUCUAUGA